AUCAGAGAUAAUUGUGUCAUUUUUCCAGACAAAAGAGUGCUAGCUAGCUGCAUAGUGGUCAAUUAAUUUAGAUAUGAGGACAAAGCAACAGCAACAGCAAUAGCAAUUUUUUUUUUAUUUUUUAAUCAGUUCAAAAGAAAGAUAUUUUAAAACCUAUUAAUUAUUUUGUAAAAGUAUAAGUGAAAGAGAAACGUGGCCCAAUAAUAAUAUUUUGGUUUUUUUUUUAUUUUUUGGAAGCAGGUGAAAAGGAGGACAAUUGAUUAUCCAUGCUUAUUAAUAUAUAGAGAAGAGAGAUAAUAUAAAUACUCCUCUACUUCUCCAAUAUUGUUCAUCACACAAACAAUAAAAGGGAAAUCUUUCAGUUUGUAGCAAAAAUUUUGUGGUCUAAUGGAGAUUGAAAAACAUCAACACCACCAGCUUCAUGUAUUUUUCCUCCCCUUAAUGGCUCAAGGUCAUAUAAUACCAGCCAUAGACAUGGCUAAGCUUUUUGCUUCUCGUGGUCACAGAUCAACCAUUAUCAUAACACCACACUUCCUACCUUUUCUUUCCAAAUCAAUAAAUCAAAACACUGAUUCAGCCACCCAAAUCGAUAUUCUCACCAUUAAGAUUCCAACUUACGAGGUCAGUCUCCCAGAAGAGACCGAAAGCAUACACAUGGCUACAACAACUGAGAUGCUUUCAAAAUUUUUUCAAGCUCUUCCGAUGCUUGGGCCACAAAUAGAAGAACUUAUAAAACGACACCGCCCAGAUGGGCUAAUAGCCGAUAUGUUCUUUCCUUGGGCUACUGAUGUUGCUGUAAAGUUUGGUAUUCCAAGGUUUAUGUUUCAUGGGACUUGUUAUUUUUCUCUUUGUGCUUCUGUUUGUAUGAUACGGUAUGAGCCUCAUAAGAAAGUAUCCUCUGAAUACGAAACAUUCAUUAUUCCGAAUUUUCCAGAUAAGAUAGAAUUCACAGCAAGCAAGGUAGCUGAUUUUUAUAAAGAAGAUGUGGAACCCCAAUACUUAAAGCUCUUUAAGGAUAUGCAUGAAGAUGAAAUGAGGUGCAAUGGGGUUCUUGUUAAUAGCUUCUAUGAGCUAGAACCUGCUUAUGCAGAUCAUUAUACCAACGUUUUAGGGAUCAAGUCAUGGCACAUUGGUCCCCUGUUCUUAAACAGUAAAGGAAUGAAUCUUGAAGAAAAAAGAGGAAUGGAAUGCUCGAUUGACAAACAAGUUUGGUUAAAGUGGCUUGAUUCCAAGAGACCCAAUUCUGUUAUUUACGUAUGUUUUGGGAGUAUGAUAAAGUUUGAAGACAAACAGCUCAUGGAGAUCGCAAUGGCUUUAGAGGGUUCAGGGCAGGAAUUCAUUUGGGUUGUGAGAAAAGAAAAACAAGAAGAGUGGUUGCCAGAAGGAUUUGAGGAGAGAAUGGAAGGAAAAGGACUUAUAAUAAGAGGAUGGGCACCACAAGUUUUGAUUCUUGAUCAUGAAGCGGUCGGAGGAUUUGUGACUCAUUGUGGUUGGAACUCGAUUCUGGAAGGAGUGUGUGCAGGGUUGCCGAUGGUGGCAUGGCCUGUUUCAGGAGAGCAGUUCUACAAUGAGAAGUUGGUGACUCAAAUUCUUGGGAUUGGGAUUGGAGUUGGUGUUAAUAAAUGGUCGAGAAAUGAGGGCGAUUUCGUCAAGAGUGAAAAGUUAGAGAAUGCGUUGAGAAGGGUUAUGAAGGGAGAAGAAGCCGAAGAAAUGAGAAGUAAAGCCAAAGGAUUUGCUCAAAUGGCCAAAAGGGCAAUAGAAGAAGGUGGCUCCUCUUAUAUGGAUUUGGAGGCCUUUUUUCAGGAACUGAGAUUGGUCCGACUCUCACGUAAAAUUUCAAAGUUUUGCUAGUUUCAUUCGUUUAAUAUUUGCUUAUAUAAUCUGCUUAUUAUGUUAUGCUCUGUUCAGUUUUUUAUUUUUUUGCUAGAAAAGUCGUUUUAAGUGUGUCAAUUGUAGUUAAUUAGGUAGAAUGAGAUGAAAUUUCAAAGUACAUGUUGGAACUAUGUCAUUUUUCUACAUGUUUAUAAUAUUUGAAAUGUAUUUUGUUUGAGAUCUGUUCUUGUGUAUCUGAUUUGGUUUGAAUAAUAUUGUGAGACUUGAUUCUUUGCA